UCUUCAAGAUCCUUUGAGGAAAUAUAUUUUCCUGCCCUUUUAAUAUUUCCUUCUCUGGGGGGCUGACUUCCCACAUAGUGUCGGAGCAUUCAGCCAAGAGUUCCAGUGAUCUUCACUUGUUUUUCCUGGUUUCUUCAUGCUUUUUCUACAUUCAGCAAACAACUCCAUCCUUGGAACAAAACAUUCCCAGUGUGAACCGUCUCAUUUUGGAGAAGGGAAAAACGAGGGAACGGCUUUGUUAAGUAUCUGUGUAACUUGUUAGAACCUCAGAAUUAGCUUUCCUAUUUUAUGGCAGGUUGAAGCUUAUCGAAAAGAAGUGAACGGUUUAGAAGAGGCUGUCCAUGAAAUGGAGAAGGAAAAUAUCUACCUCAUCAAUAAACUGUUUGAGCGGAGAUUGCAAUUUCUUAAAGUACCCAGGAAGCUGUUUCUUACCCAAGGAGCUGGCUUGCAGUUUCCUGGAGAAAGCAUGGAUCAAGAAGAGGAAGAUGGGACGUCGGCAACGGAGCUAGUUAUUUCUGUGGAUCCACAGUCAAGCGAGGACAGGAGGGAAUUGGAGAAGGAGAAGGAGUCGAUGGAUGACUUUGAGGUGGUUUAUUUGCAGGGAAUGUCAGCGAGUCAGUUUCUACCUCCUCUGCUGUAUGAAGAUCGAAAUGAUUUCAAGGAAUAUAAGGAGCUGGGUCCUUUGGAUGUGAAAUUAAUGUGCGCUGUGGGGCAGAAAAUGCCAAUUCAUGAAGACAUCAAAGAAAUGCCCAGCAAAGCUCAGUUGGAAGAGAGGUACGACCCAAACAAAGCUGCGCAGCACAUCACCUACCGUAUGAUCAAAUCUGUAUUUCCAUAAAAGAGAGGAAGACAAACAGGAAGGUCCUUCCAGAGAUUCGGUCUAAGAUUCUCUUUUGGUGCUAAGGACCGUUAAAAAUACUGGCUGUCAAUCGCCAGUAUUUUUGCAACCGAUCUACAAAUUAAACAGAUUUGCUUUGGAUGCACCGGGAAAGAACGCAUGUUGCUUAUUACGGAAAUACAUAAAAACUUGCUUGUUACGGAAA